AAUUUAUAAUCAUUUAUAUGUGGCACGCUGUUGCUUCAUGGACUUGGGAUGCUCAAGAUGAAACAUGUGGGAUUUGUAGGAUGGCUUUUGAUGGUUGUUGUCCUGAUUGUAAACUCCCUGGGGACGAUUGCCCUUUAAUUUGGGGUGCAUGUAACCAUGCAUUCCAUCUCCAUUGCAUCUUGAAAUGGGUGAACUCACAGACAACUCAAGCUCAUUGUCCUAUGUGUCGUAGGGAAUGGCAGUUCAAAGAAUAAACAAAUCGAUCGGAUGAGCUGAUCACUUUCUUGUUUCCACCUCCGGAUGAAGAUGUUCAGAGAAUAUGAAGUUUGGUUCUUGUAUCGUCACCGGACUAUGUAUAAAUAUAUGUAUACGGAUUAAUAUUUUGUGCUUCUUUCAUCUUGCUGGUGCCAGACUGCCAGUAAUUUCAUAACCUACUAGGUGGUUACCAAUUGCAGGUAAAUUAAAAGGAAACUAUGUUCUCUCAAUCUGUAGAGAGAACCCUCGACUAGGUAAAUAAUGCUAAGAGUCCAAGACCUCGGCUCUCAGGCCCGGCCAAUAAGAUUUACCGCUUGUUUGGUAUAGUGGGUGCGAAGGCGGAUCCGCUUUGAAGCUCCACUGCACCAAACGACCUACGCAUGCCAGUGGAUCCGCUGCCUUGGUGACAGCGGAUCCGUUGGCACCUCAGAAGCUCCGGCGUUUAACGUUUCUAUUUUUUUCCCCAAAAAUUUCAGUUGGGGUCCACGAAUCAUUGCUGUUUAUUAUUUUUUUAAUGAAAAUAUGUUGGGCCCAGUUACAUUUGUUUUGAUUAACAUUAAACAUUUCUUUAUUAAUGUUAAAAAUAAAAAUAUGUUGUG